AUGAAUAACCAACAAGAAAAACUAUUUAUUUCUAACGACGAUAUUAAAUUAGACAGUGAUUCACAGUCUAGUUCUGAUAAUGAAGGAUCAAAAAAUUUUGGAACAUGUGAGGAAUGUCAACAACCAAACACCGGGCAUAAAUGGGCCAUAUGGACUGAAGGACAUAUUAAAUGGUGGGAUCAUGAGAAAAAAAAAUGGCAAAGAAAUGGAGAAAUUUCAAUAGAUCGAUGUGACUUAGCUUGUCUAAAAAGUCUCAAGCAUUUUACGAAGGAGUUUUUUCAAGAGAUCAAGAACCAACUUAAAUUCAGAAAAAACGGUAAAGCAAUUGCGGUCUAUGGGAUCACCAAAGAUCCCGAGAAAGAUGGCUUUGUGAUGGUUAUGCAGUAUGCAGAAAAAGGAAGCCUCAGAUCAAUGCUUUACAAAACCUAUAAUGAACUAAGUUGGAUAAACAAGUUAGAGAUCUUGCGAUUUAUAGCUAUUGGUCUUUCUCGAAUUCACAAAGAAGGUCUCGUACAUAAAGAUUUUCAUUCUGGUAACAUAAUGAUGACUGGCAAAAGUGCUUCACAUAUCACGGAUUUUGGUUUAUGCAAACCAAUAACUACGGAUUCGACUAAAGUGUUUACGGGUUAUCCGCCGUUUCAUGACGCUCCACACGAUAUACAUCUUGUACAUUCUAUUUACAACGGUCUUCGCCCGAAAAUCAGACGCCCGAUUCCCAAACUUCUUGAGGAUUUGAUAGAGAGAUGUUUAGACGAAAAUCUCGAGAAACGCCCAUCCUCGAAAAAACUAAGGAAAAUCCUAAAUCGUUAUUAUGAUGAUGUUAAUUUAGAAAUUGAGGAAUCCGAGAUAUAUAGACAGGUUAAAUCUAUUGAAGAAGAUAGUGCGCGUCUGCAAAAAGAUUAUUCAAUUGAUUUUUCACAACUUAAACUCAACACCCACACUACGGCUGUAUAUACAAGUCAACUUUUGCCUAAUCCUGAUUUAUUUAGUGGAGAUUCCUCACAACACGAAAUCCAUAUUUGA